AUAUGCGGGGAAUGGUACAGCUACUCUCAUUCAGCAAGUUCAUGUUCCUUACUCCUUCUAGAAUUUUAGUAUCUCAGACUGCUGGUGCUUCUAGAGGACCUAGGAGAUAUUUGGGUAAAACUAAAUCUCAGUGGUUGGACAAGUUGAUGAGAUCCAAUGCUAACAUUUGUGCUACAAUCUCACUGUCAUUCUUCCCUAUCUGCGCUUACUACACAUACAGAUACUGGUCAGUUAUCCGUCCUGCGAGGGAGUUGCUAGAAGCUCAAGAAAGAGAAGAAUUGCUUGCUGAAGGAAAAUCUACUGUUUAAGCUCUUGGAUCAUGGCGGGUAUUCCUCUACUUCUUAGAACUAAAAUUAGUGAUAAAUUAUUUAAAUUUAGAAAUAGAUAUAUACAUCAGUGUACAGUUCAAUUAAAUGCUGUUUUAACUUCUCGAUCCUCCGAGAUGCAUCUCCUUAAUUUGAAGACCAAUUCUAAAGCUAUGACCAUGAAUGAUGGAAAUAGUUUGUUUGUGAAACACAUCGGUUACACUAGGCUGCAAUCUGCAAGAAAUGUCUCAUUUUCUUCCAGGUCACAUUACUGUGGAGAGAUUGGAGAACAAAAUGUUGGAGAAAUAGUAACUAUUUCGGGCUGGGUUCAAUGCAGUAGGAUGGAUAGAUUCCUCAUUCUUCGGGAUAGAACAGGCUUAUGUCAAAUAUUCAUACCUAAAUCAUCCUCCUUCUCAGAUUUGAUAAAAGUUCGUAAUGAGUCCGUUGUCACUUUAUCUGGAGUGGUUCGUCUUAGACCUGAAAAUCAACAGAAUCCUGAUAUGAACACUGGAAGUAUUGAGGUGGAGGUCCAGAAAGUUCUCAAUGUUUCGCCAGCAAAAUCCGACCUCCCAUUUCAACAAAACCCGCAUCUGAUUCCUAAGGAGGAAUUGCGCCUGCAAUUCAGAUACUUAGAUCUUCGUCGAAGCAGUUUACAACAAAAACUGAAGUUCCGUUCCGACCUUGUCAUGAAAAUGCGACAGUUUUUGAUCCGGGAACAAUUUCUGGAUGUGGAAACUCCUACUCUGUUCCGUAGAACUCCAGGGGGAGCUAAAGAAUUCAUUGUUCCUACUCAAAAAAAGGACCAUUUCUACUCUUUAGUACAGAGCCCGCAACAGUUUAAACAACUUCUGAUGGUUGCGGGAAUUGACAGGUUAAUACACAUUUUAUUUGGACCGUUAACCAUUUAUCUACAUCAGAUCUCUGUAAACCAUGUUUACAGGCAGGCGCUGAAUUGCAGGGUUGACAUUGAAAUGUCCUUUGCUGGCCGUGAAGAGAUUUUUAAUCUUACCGAACAGCUUUUAAAAGUGGCAUGGCCGGAAUCCCUGGAGACGCCCUUUAUGCGUAUUACUUACCAACAGUGCAUGGAACAGUAUGGAGUUGAUAAACCGGACCUCAGGUUUGAAAACAAAAUUCAAGAUGUUACAAACCUUUUCUCUGAGUCAGGAUUUGAUGUUCUUGAUCAACAUCUAGGUGGAGAUAUGAUGGCAGGAAUCCUUUUAUUUGAAACCGAUGACAAGAAUAAAAAUAAGCUACUGAAAAAUGCGGAGAAAGAAACCAGAGAUCAGUUGCAGCACCUUUUUCUCUCUUUUUCUAGCCAACCAUUAAAUAUUGUUUCGCCCCUCUCCAUAGACAAUGGAAAGCUAAAAAAUAGUGUAAUCAGGAAAUGCGGUCAAGAAGUUGAAGACAAAUUAAUAUCCUUCUUAAAUAUUCGAAAUGGAGCUGGAUUCAUAGUUUUUGGGCCUAAAGAUUUUGUUCUUCCGGUGCUUGGAAAAAAAAGAGUAUUACUGUCUCGGUCCCUGAUACCGGAUCUUGAAAAGAGGAACGAUAAGAUUUUAUGGGUCUUGGACUUUCCUCUAUUUACCUGGGAGGACGGUCAACUUGAGUCAGCUCACCACCCGUUUACUGCACCACACCCAGAAGAUAUUCAUCUGUUUAGAACUGACCCAUUGAAAGCUCGUUCUCUUCAUUAUGAUCUUGUUCUAAAUGGACAGGAAAUCGGCGGAGGAAGUGUAAGAAUCCAUUCUGGUUUAGAUCAAAAGUACGUCUUGGAAUCAAUUCUGAAGGAAGACUCAACUGAGUUAAACCAUCUUCUUCAGGGUCUAGACUCGGGCUGCCCUCCUCACGCCGGCAUAGCUCUAGGAUUGGAUCGUCUGGUUGCAAUUCUGACCAAAGCAGAUUCUAUCCGAGAUGUUAUUGCCUUUCCGAAGAGCGGAGAUGGUCGCGACAUAAUGGCGGGAGCUCCGUCUACCAUAUCAUCGGAGCAGAGAAAACUUUACCAUUUGUAAUCUUUGAUAAAUAACUUCCUUUACGGUUUCUUUAAACAGAAGUAUAAAGGUUCUUAUAUUCAUUUAGUGUGAUACAUGCAAUUUGAUGGGAACUGUCACCGAUUCGCAUCUCGGUUGUUCUUAUUCAGAGCAUUAAAAUUAAAUCCACAAUAAUUUCUGUUUUAUUUCCUGGAUUAUUGUAUGGGAAUAUUGCAGAA